GAGCACCCCAAAUAUUCUCCCACCGACCUUUGAAACGUUCAGAACGUGCACAGCAGACGCACCAGCCGACCUUAGUUUUCACGUCACAAUCCUGUUCAUGGCUAUUCUCCUGAUCGGAUAAGUACGAGACCUGACCGCUGGUCCUGAAACUGCCUUUAUUCCGUAUUGUGUUUACUGUCUCGGUCGAUCUUGUCCGUCGUAAGCCUGAGAACCCGCCCUCCGCUUUUCAAAUUCCUUGGAUUUCCCUGCGAGCGUUCCAGCCAACCAGAGUACGUGGUGAAGCAUCGCUCUAGUGGUACCACGAGGCUCGCACUUAGACUUCACCGUUGUUGCAGUAGGGUCUACGCCCCAAACAACAAAAUGGCAAGUGGCCGUCCCACAUGCGGAUUUUUUCGCCGUCGUCGCAUACUCCUCCCAGUUCUUCUACUCGCAUUUUUCCUGCUCUUUAGUACACCAUGGUCAUUGCCUCCUCUCAACCUCUCGGGGAUCUCUUCGUCGCUUUCCCGUGCCAAUAUCGUCUCGCUAGUCAAGGGCCCACCGGUGGAGGAGAUAUACGGCUUGCUGCAUUUUGUGACGAGUGAUGACGAUCGUAUGCUGUCGCAUUCAGUGAAGGUGGAUUCUGUUGCGCCGAUCGAUCUGACAGUGUACCUCAGCGGUGACCAACCGGAUUGGAAAUCUCAUAUGAGAAGGCUAAGAGAAGAAUAUCCACUUGUCAUAUUUUCGAAGUCAUUUUGCCCACACUCGAAAAGAGCUAAGAAGCUAUUAAAAACGUAUAACCUCUCUCCUCCCCCAAAAAUCAUCGAAGUUGAUCUUCGAGACGACGGGGACUUCCUAAAGCUCAUCCUUACUCGUCUCACCGAUCACUCCACGUUCCCCAAUAUCAUCCUCGAUGGGAAGGAACUCGGCGGGAACGAUGACCUUCACACGCUGCGUGCACAAGGCAAGCUGAAGAAGAUGUUCGAGAAUGCGGGGAUGACGGUGAAGGAGGAUAUCGUGAAGGAACAAGAGACGCAGUAGAGCUGUGAUUAAGAGGUUUACUUUAUUAGGUUGUCUUCUUCAUCCUAGC